CUGCGGCAGCGGCGGGGGCCGGCUCCGCCGGUGCGGGAGCCUCCGCCGGUGCGGGAGCCUCCGCGGGGGAGCGGAGCCGCGGCCAUGGGCGGCGGGGGAGCGGCGGGCGCGGCGCGGGGCGCGCCCCCGCGCUAGGCUCGGCACCGGGGAGAGGUCGGGACACGGAGAGGGGACGCUGGAUGCUCAGACGAGGACGAUGCGGGCGGCGCUCCAGACGGGCUCCCUGUCUGCUCUGGGUCUUUGCAUGAUGUAGGAGAUGGAUGGACAAAAGCUAAAUGCUUCCUAUUGCAUCUGCAGGUCUGCUAUUUUUCUUACGAUGGAAAGGCUGGUUGUCUAUCUACUGGUUAUUAGCGCAGCCGUGAAGGCCAUGAUGUGCCCCAAAAGAUGCAUGUGUCAAAACCUGUCUCCGUCCUUCACCAUCCUCUGUACGAAGACAGGGCUUCUCUUCGUGCCCCCCAGCAUCGACAGGAGAACAGCAGAGCUGAGGCUGAUGGACAACUUCAUCACGACGCUCAGGAGAAAGGAUUUUGCAAACAUGACCAAUCUCAUUCACUUGACGCUGUCGAGGAAUACAAUAAGUCAAAUCAUGCCUUAUGCAUUUUUUGAUCUUAAAGGCCUUCACGCUUUACACUUGGAUAGUAACAGACUGACAUAUAUCAACGAAGAUCAUUUCAAAGGUUUGAUCAACCUUCGACAUUUAAUACUCAGUAACAAUCAGCUAAGCUAUAUCUCUCCCGGGUCGUUGGAUGACUUUAUUGAAACCAUCGAAGACCUGGAUCUGUCCUACAACAACCUUGUUAACGUUCCUUGGGAAACAAUCGCCAAACUUUCCAACGUCAACACGGUCAGCUUGGAUCAUAACCUCAUCGAGUUUGUGCCGGAGGGAAUCUUCUCCAAUCUUCACAAGCUUGCCCGUCUAGAUAUGACCUCCAACAAGCUGAAGAAGAUCCCUCCCGAUCCGUUGUUCUCCAGGAUCCCCGUGUACGCCAAGUCCAAAGGAUCUCCGCUGUCAUCUUUGGUGCUGAGCUUUGGGGGCAACCCUUUGCACUGCAACUGCGAGCUGGUGUGGCUGAGGCGCCUCACCAGAGAAGACGACCUAGAAACCUGCGCCUCCCCACCAGAGCUGAUGGGUAAAUACUUCUGGUCCAUCAAAGAGGAGGAAUUUGUCUGUGAGCCCCCAAUGAUAACACACCGAACCCCCAAGCUAACCGUAACGGAGGGCCAAAGCAUCUCUUUGAAGUGUAAAGCUGUGGGUGAUCCGGACCCCUACGUCCGCUGGAUUGCACCCGACGGGAAGCUGGUCUCUAACACCUCUAGGACGAUUUCUUACGAGAAUGGUACCCUGGAUAUUUUGGUUACGUCUCUGACGGAGAAGGGCACGUUCACCUGCAUAGCAUCAAAUGCUGCAGGAGAGUCGACGGCUCCAGUCGAACUCCUCGUUACCCCGUACCCCAACCUCGCUAACAGCACCAACUGCGAUAAAGACGCAGAGCCUGGCCCCUCGGAUAUUCUGAUAUCUGCCAAGUCGAGCUUUCCGAACGAAACAAAGGCUCAGCAAGAGAAGGUGGUCGUGGUCGCCGAGCUGACCUCGUCCUCUGCUCUCAUCCAGUGGCCUUCUCAGCACCACCUCCCCGGCAUUCGCAUGUACCAGAUCCAGUACAACAGCUCCUCUGAUGACAUCCUCGUGUACAGGAUGAUCCCUGCUGCUAGUAAAUCCUUCUUCUUGACUGAUCUGGUUGCAGGACGUGAGUACGACCUCUGUGUCCUUGCUGUUUAUGAUGAUGGAUUGACAUCUUUGACUGCAACCAGAGUGAUCGGAUGCGUGCAGUUCACAACCCAGGAGGAAUACAAGCAGUGCCGAUCCCUUCACGCGCAGUUUCUUGGAGGAACCAUGAUCAUCAUUAUUGGGGGCAUCAUUGUGGCUUCAGUUCUUGUCUUCAUUUUCAUCCUCCUCAUGAAAUAUAAAGUCUACAACAAUCACCACAAAAAUAAAACUACUAAAGUUAAUAAUGUCUGCUCUCAAACCAAUGGAAGUCAAAGUGGCUCGAUGGCUCGAUCCACUUCUAAACUUGCAGAGAGGCGGGAAAGUUUGCACCAAGAGUGCUCGGGAUCUUCCAGCAAAGGAAAAACUGUUGUAGACUUGGAUUGUGAAAAAGUGACUCCAACCAACACAACCUUUUUAACAACCGAUGCGUUAUCUUAAUGGCCAUUUGACAGGACACACCAAGGUGGUAUUGCUUGAAACAUUUUAAUGCGAGUGGUUGUAUUUUAAGCUUCACUACUAUUGUCUAUUUUUAAGAUCAGAUGGUUUAAAAAAUAUUUUUUUAAUCUGUAAACAGUUCUUGCAUUCUUAACUAUUUUGUUUCAAUAUAUUAAAUAUAAGUGUGUGAUUUACAAGAUUUUUUUACUGGUUCUUUUAUAGCAUACACCUCUGGUAUCAAGGCAGCAACAUAGCUAAAUUCUGAUUAGGUUUGUCUGUAGUGAAAUGCACUAUUUUUUCAUUUGGUUACUGACCAGCAGCAAAGACGUACUCUCAGGAUCUUCAGACUUCUUUUCUCACAGCAGAGUCACCAAACUACUCAUCUCUUCAAGGAAUGAUGUGUUAUAGAAAGUCUCAAUGCGGAAUUAUUUAUUGCCAUAGGUAUGUUGUAUACAUGCUGCUCACAAAAGAAGUAAAAUUAGUAGAGGUUCCCUAUGGAAAAAAA